AUAAGAAACAGUGGCGAGUUAGACGUGAAUUAGUUAUCUGAGCUUAUAGUACUUGAAUGUGUUUGUUUAUCAAUAAAUCAUGUUUUUAGUGUUAUCACCGGCGAGCGAGCUCUGCCGUAAAACGUGAGCCCGAAAUAAUUAGGUGGUAGUUGUGUGAUGGUGGCGCAGGGCGGGCGGAAGCUGCGGGCCGCAUCCCAGCCGGGUGCAUCGCCCCGCGCCCCGCGCCCCGCGCCGCGACCACGCACAGCGCCUGCGCCCGCCGGCCGGCGACUCAGUUCCUCAGCGCGCUGCGACGCGAACACACGCGCCCUACAUGAACAAACGCGCACCUUAAAACGAUCGAACGCACCCCGUCUAUUAUUUUUUUAUUCAGUACCAGUGACCGAGAGGGAAACCUCUCCUUAAUCGACAAAAUAGCUUCCCAAGUGGAAAUGCCGACGAGCCUCUUCGGCGAAUUAGGCGGCGGAGGCGGGCUGGUGGAAGACCAGCGCGCGUUCAAGCUGGCUCUGGAGCUGAGCAUGCUGAGCCUGGGCGACAACUUGCCGGCGAGCAACCCGCUGGGGAGCCCGCUCGGGUUCGCGCCUCCUCCGGACGACCGGACCAAGAAGUCGCAGAACAUGACGGAGUGCGUGCCGGUGCCAUCCUCCGAGCACGUCGCCGAGAUCGUCGGACGACAAGGGUGCAAGAUUAAAGCUUUGCGAGCGAAGACUAACACUUACAUCAAGACACCGGUGAGGGGCGAGGAGCCCGUGUUUGUGGUCACCGGCCGCAAGGAGGACGUCGCACGCGCCAAGCGUGAGAUCCUCUCGGCGGCUGAGCACUUCUCUCAGAUUCGCGCGUCGCGCAAGUGCGGGUCCGCGCCCCCGCCACCCGCCGGCGCGCCCGGACACGUCACCGCGCAGGUGCGCGUGCCCUACCGCGUGGUCGGGCUGGUCGUCGGACCCAAGGGUGCCACCAUCAAACGCAUCCAACACACCACUCACACAUACAUAGUCACCCCGUCCCGCGAGCGCGAGCCCGUGUUCGAGGUAACCGGCUUGCCCGAGAGCGUGGAGGCGGCGCGCAAGGAGAUCGAGGCGCACAUCGCCCUGCGCACCGGCGCCGGGAACGCGGGGCCCGCGACGCCGGUCGACGAGAGCGAGCCGCUCGCACAGCUGUACCGGGCCGGGAUCGUCUCGCUGCUGCGGCCAGAACAAGAAGCGGCUUUCUCGUCAGCCGGCUCGUGCUCGUCGGGAGGCUCUUCCGGCCGGCUCGGUGACUUGCUCGGUAUCUGGUCCUCGACCGAGCGCGACGAGGGUCUGGGCGAGUCGCCGUCGUUCGAGUCUCCGGGCGGCGCGGCGGGCGUGUGGGCGUGGGGCCCGACCCGGCCCUCGCCGUCCACGUCUCCGGCCCGCGCGUGCGGGGUGUGCGGGGAGCGCGGCGUGGCGGCGGCGCUGGUGCCGUGCGGACACAACCUGUUCUGCAUGGAGUGCGCGCAGCGGCUGGCGACGGGCGGCGCGCCGUGCCCCGCGUGCUCGUCGCCGGCGCACCAGGCGAUCCGCAUCAUCUCGUAAGGCGCGUGCGAGUCGCGAGGGCGAGGGCCCGGGCCGCGCUCGCCGCCCGCCGCCGCGGGGUCUCGCCCCCUCGCACCUUCUCGACGUGGAGAUCUUUUUUACUCGAAUCGUUAUUAUAAAA